AUGUGUGCUUUUGAUGAUCCUGAGGCGAAAGCUAUCGUAAAUGAGAUUGUGGAGGAUGUGGCCCUGAAGAAAGGAGUUAAAAGGACGGUGGAAGAGCUUAAAUCCUCUGACACACCAAUAUUGUUAAAUCUUAAUCAAAUGAAGGCUGCCAAAAAAGUGAUCUUUGGAGUUUGUAAAGAAUACAUGGAUGUGAAAAAGGUGCCAACUCCUUUACAAGGUUAUCAGGUGGAUUUGUAUCCUGUUUUGGAGCUGAUUGUUCGUGAGCAAAGGCUGCAUAAGGUGUGCUCACCAACUCUCAAACUUCUGAUCAAGAUAGAUGGAAGACCCUUUUGUGUUAAAUACAGACUGUCGGGUUUAAAUAGAAAUCAGGUGUUGGUAGGUCUGGUUGCCCGUCUUAAUCCUGUAUACAGCAUACAGAGUGCAAAGUCUGUUUACCCACUGGCCAUUGCCAAUUGUAAAGAAAACAGGGAAAGCCUGAAGGUACUUCUAAAGGAUGUGAAUGAACAAAAGAGAAUUAUCAAGAACAAAGGAAUUUUUGUUGAUGGCAUCAAGUUCAAUCUAGAAUUUGAUGUUUCAUUGGACUACAAAACACUGAUCCUUCUUUUGGUAAAGAAAGGGGAUCUUGAUUUUCAACUUGGUGGUCGAGGGGUAAAUGUGGAAUUUUGCUUUAUAUGCAAUGCAAUCAGGGGUUGCAAAUGUCAUGAUGUAGCCCCAGAUGAAACCUGCCUGGAAUGCCUACGAAGCAAGUGUAACAUAGGAAGGUAUAUUUUUAGUUUAGCCUUUCAUGAUCAUUACUUAAUGAACAGGCUUACUUAGGAAGUGCUUGUGGCCUUUUGGGUAUCAGAGUUGAUGCAUUGGUGAGAGCAGCCACCUUCCACCAAUCUGGAUCUGUUCCUAGACA